UUUUCGGAAUGUCUGUAGUGAAGACAUUUUUAAUGCUCUACAUUAUUUCGUACUCAAUGAAUCAAGCGUUUGGUAUUAUUUGCUAUCAGUGUAACUCGAUUGUUGAUUCAAAAUGUGAUUCAGAUCCUAAGAAUACAAUUUUUGAAUUGGAAUGUUCUACUUCUGUUAAAAGUUCUGCUUCAAUGUUAAACACUACAUUACUAUCGCUACAAACAAACAUUACUAGUAUACAAGAUAAUAACUUCUUUGACGAAUGUUUAAAGAUGACUGGAACUAGGCAAAAGUCGAAAUAUGUAAUGCGGAGUUGUUCAUCUACGAUAAUCGCAGAUGACUAUUGGAAGAAAGUUGCAACAGAACUAGGAAUAACAGUGGAAUCUCUCUCUCGUUGCCAGUCAAACUUGUGCAAUUCUUCCAGUAGCCUCAAUAUUUUAUUCGCAUCAUUUAUAGGUGCUUUCUUAUUAGUUCUCGUUAUGAACAUGUAAAUCCGUUUUAUUUCUUUAAAGCGUUUCCAAUAUUGCAUGUUAAUUUAAUUUUAAUGUCCCACUUGAAUUUACUAAUUUUAAUUAUGAAAAAGAGAAAUAGUACAUUACCUACUCAGUGCGGGAAAAUAUUUUCUUGUCUCGUGUGAGGUUUACACGAGAGCUAAGUGACAGUGGAAAGGCACUACUCUUGCCGUACUAGUUAGAUAAUGUACUAUCGUAUUUAAAUGAUAUAAAAACUAAAAAUAUUGAAUAUGAUCAAUCAAUUACUUGUUAUUUUUAUCAGUACUACUCCUAUCUAGUAAAAAUAAAAAUCUGAAAAAUCUUUAACAAUAUUUGCUGCGUGCGACAAAGUUAUAAAUAAACAUCAACGAACGCACAGUGCCUCAAACAGUUAACAUCACUAUUCUAGAAAUUAGUGAUUGAAAUAUAUGUGAGCCACGAAAUUAAAAACAAAAGACAAAAAUCGUUAUGUGAUUCCUCACAUUCAUUUAAUUAUCAAGUGGAGAAGUAGUUAUAAAUCAAAUUUCAUACAACAUCACUACGUUUGCGUAAUGUAUAUUGACACGUCACAAAUUCUGCUAGUCCUAACUUCCGAAUUAAUUUCAGCAAUGAAAUAGUUGAUACAAAGCUUGGAUAUCGUGCCAAUCUAGCAGGCAAAUUGUUGUUUCACGGCGAGGAAGUAUUGUUGUUAUUUGAACUUGAUAAGUACCUAAGACUAUAAGCUUUCGUAAUUUGGUUGUUUGUUGAGCUGUUAAUUCAUAAAUACAAUCUUGCGUUCUGUCGAAACGUCAUGUCGGCCGCAAAAGAACUAUUAUUAAAUAUGCACUUUUUCAUACUCAACGCAUUAAGGUAUGAUAUUAUUAAAAUAAAAAAAAAAAUUUGUAUAUGUAAUACAAGAGCUUUAUUUGCGUCGCACUGGCCAAGGAAAUAGACAAAGCUGUGUAGGGAGCUACGAUGGUGGAUAAGUCUGCCAGGCUUGAGAGCAGAGAAAUUAGUAUUGAGGCACGUAGCUUCAGACGCGUAUACUUGGGUUUUAGUGUCUUUGGGAUAAACUACUCAGCCGUGUCAGGGGCGUAGUCUUGUGCAAAGCGCAAAGAACAAUCACAAUUGAAUAUAGUUGAGUGCAGGUCUUUGUUAUGCUUGAAUGUUCAAUAGGAAAUGGAUUUAC